AUGGGAAACUCUUCAGUUAGAACAUCGAAUGCUUGUCCUUAAAUAAUUCGCAUCAAUCGCUUGCAGUACCAAUUAAAUUUUGAAAAUGAAAACAGCUUUGAUAACGCUGAUGGCAAAAGCAUAGCAACUGCAGCACCUAAUUCACCAAACCAUUCACAUCAGAUCAUUACUGAGGUAAUAUAUGUUAGAAGAAACAUCCGAAGAAAAGCUAUUAUUAUCUCUAAUUCUUCACAGAAUAUUGAUGAAUCUGAGGUUUAAACUGAAAUUUGA